GAAAAGGAGAAAAACCCAUUACUCGGGAGGAGGAGCGAUCUCUUUUCGCCUCGUCGCCGCCGUGUAUUCGCGUUCUCCUCUCUUCACAUUCAGCAGUUCUAGAACACGUGUUCGCACAGCAGCAUGUCGACCGCUAGCGAAUCAGCGCCUUGCGCGGUGCCUUCCAAACUGUGGCGCGAGUGCUUGAAGGAGUACGACUACAGCCCGGAUCGGCCCAGAGGUGCCUGUGACCCGCAGCGAGAAAAGUUUUACGCGUGUGUCAAGAGCUGGACCGAACGCACGCAAGGCACGAAGUACGCGUACACGCAGUUCGAGCUCCCAAAACUGUGCGGCCACGAAGCUGAGAAACUGCACCAGUGUAUGAUGAUCAACAUGUUUGAGGUCAGCCACUGUCAGCGCGACAUGGCCGUGCUAAAGCGCUGUGCCGCGCGCCACGAUCCCGAGGUGCGCCGCUACUUAGAAGGCGACGAAGCAAUUGCCGGGUUGGAGAACGAUGUGGAGGAGGCUACUGGGCUGCAGCGCCUGUGGUACAAGGCGAUCGGAAAGUUGUGA